UCACAUGCGCGAUCGCAAAUGAAACGUCAAUAAAAUUCAGAUGUUUCCUAACCUCCAAAUUCUAAUCAGAUAAGUCAAAAUUGUGCAAUGACCACUAGUAUCAUGUGAAAAUGAGCGUGGUGACCAAAACGGCACUCGACACUGAUGUCAGUAUCUUCAAUCAUAUCAAAUAUGAGCACUUUGUCGCUGGGAUAAGUGGUGGUGUGACUUCUACUCUUAUUUUGCACCCCCUUGAUGUUAUCAAAAUUCGGUUCGCCGUCUACGAUGGGAGGAUUCAAACUACACCCAGGUAUUCCGGGAUCUGGAACGCAUUCACGACUAUUUUUCGCCAGGAGGGUCUGCAUGGACUGUACCGUGGCGUUGUCCCGAAUGUUUGGGGGGCCGGCAGUUCGUGGGGGCUGUAUUUCUUAUUUUACACAACGAUCAAAACCAAAAUACAGAAGGGAAAUGCCAAUACGGCCUUGAGUCCCGCUCAACAUCUUCUAGCGGCUUCAGAGGCCGGCGUUAUGACUUUACUUUUAACGAAUCCCUUGUGGGUUGUGAAGACGAGACUGUGUUUACAAUAUGGGAAUUCUAGUCAACAGUACAAAGGGAUGAUUGAUGCUUUAGUUAAGAUUUAUCGCGCGGAUGGUAUUAGGGGAUAUUAUAAAGGGUUGGUUCCUGGAAUUUUCGGGGUGUCUCAUGGGGCUGUUCAAUUUAUGGUUUAUGAACAGUUGAAAAAUGAGUACACAAAAUACUACAAUCUACCUAUUUCAACAAAGCUUAAUACAGUACAGUAUCUCUCAUUUGCAGCAUUCUCUAAAUUUAUAGCAGCGGGGGUGACUUAUCCAUAUCAAGUGAUUAGGGCGAGAUUGCAAAACCAACAUUACUCAUAUAAGGGGUCUUUAGAUUGUAUAACACAGACUUGGAAAUAUGAGGGCUGGAGAGGGUUUUAUAAAGGUCUAGGGACGAAUCUAUUAAGGGUCACCCCUGCAACAAUGAUCACAUUUGUCACAUACGAAAAUGUGUCUCACUUUCUGAUGAAAUAAUUUAAAUCAAAGUUAAUUCUUCUAAAGGUUGUUAAAUUUUUUAUUGUUUUUAAUAUUAUUGAAGCAAUCCUAUCAUUUAUUGUAUAUACUGUUGCAACCAAAUAAACACUUACCAAAUG